CUGGUUUUCUACGCGGUUUGCACUGUUGUUACCUUUCAUUUUCAGUUAACCAUCCAGACAACCAGAUAAUGCAGUUGUUCAGUAGCUUCCAAUCAAUCCUAAUUGUUUGCUGUGUUCUCUUAAUUGAUGGAACGCACUCGUCGAAACUGAAUCUGAGAUAUGCCAUUUUGAGGCAAAAGCAAGCAGCGAAGGCCACGCAAAAUGAGACUUUGGCCCAUCAGCAGAGAAUCAAAUAUGAUGCCCAGAAGACCAUGAAGGUGAUGUUCUACAAGAACAACACCAAAACCAUGGAGGCUUCGGCCUACGACGUUGCCUACGAUCUCAGUGGGUCGGGUUGCUCGCCCUCGGACAAGUUCGCCAUAGUUCUGCAUGGAUGGAUCCAAAGUUGUUCGGACGAGUGGGCGCUGUCGCUUAUUGAAAGACUGAGUUACUACCGCGGCGGAUGCGUGAUGUGCAUAGACUACAGUGUGGUCGCCAGUUCCUCGUACAUGCGGCUGUACACAAACUUUGACACCCUCACCGGCGCCAUAUCGUCCAUUAUCCUAACGCUGUUCAGGCAGGGAUUUGAUCCAAAACGGGGCUAUAUGUUUGGCUUCAGCUUCGGCGGACAACUGGCUUCAGCGGUGGGAAGAUCCCUACGACCACACAACAUAAUCGAGAGCAUAGACACGUGUGAUAUGGCCGGGCCCGGGUUCGAUCCCAUUGCGGUCGACCACUCCAAGGCCGGCAAGCAUGUGCAGUGCUUCCACUCGAGCCGCGACAAGGGCACCUUCGUCUACUCCUGCCACCGCAACAUAAUGCUCGGCAGCUGCGGCCUCAAGCAGCCCUCGGUCGCCAGUCAGCUCCACCUGGGCAGCCAUGGCCUCUGCGUCGACAUAUACAUCAACACGUUCGACUAUCCCUUCUACGCCGUGAACUACACCCCGCCGGAGUGCUUCACCUGGCAAAAGGCGGCCAAGAUACCAGAUGGCUACACGGUGGGCUACGAGGAGAACUUCGACAGCCAGGUCACGGGGCAGAUCUUCGUGCCCACCAGCCUGCACUACCCCUACAACUUGUCCAAGAAACAGCUAAAGCUGCUGACUAACUUAACUUAGCUGCUUAACUGAAUAUUGGGAGAACACACUUGAUUCAAGAAUAGCUACCUCAGGAGGCUGAUGUUUUUUAAAUCAAAGUCAACCGGAUUCUAAUAUCAUGUAGGUUUAUUAUUCGAGUUCAGCUCAUACCGUUUGUAGUUCUUAAGUUUUUUUCGCCAAAAAUAUAUUUAAAUCAAAUUUGGAAAAUGUAUACACAUUACAUCGGUAAUCCAGACACAUCAACCUGCUAAUUCAGUCGUAGGGCGACUGCCUUCUUGUUACCGUCUGACUUGGGGCCCUUUGCUGGCGGUGCAUUGUCCUCGUCGUGCUCUUCCUCCUCGUUAUCGGCAUAGUCCUCAUCGUUCUCAUCGUCGUCAUAGUUGACGAUGUCGCCAGUGGAAUCUUUGGAAUAGUUCUGUCGCGGAAGCAGUGACCAAUUUUGAAGUCGGUGGACAGGAUCUGCGAGGAAGCAAACUCGGAUCAGCAAGUGGACUUGCGGAAACUGGUGUUGGGUGAGCUUACCUGCUGGGAGUCGUCAUCGGCUUCCUCCUGGUCGGUCGGGACCUCUGGCGGGUUUAAGAAAUUAAAGAAUCCGUCGGGACCUGCUAGACAAUGGUGCGCACUGCGCCGCGCACCUUGUGCUUCUGCUCCUUACGGAUGGUCUUCACAGUAAGAAAUCCCUUGUUGCCCUCGAGAGUGUAGCUCACCAUACACUUGUAGAUCUCUGGGCCUUUGAAUGCGAACAGAUCGUUGGGAUCCGCGGUGGACUUCAGAACGUACUGCUGUGUGAAGUGGAACUCUCUUUUACGCCGUGAACUACACCCAGCCGGAAUGCUUCACCUGGCAAAAAACGACCAAGAUACCAAAUGGCUACGAGGAGGACUUCGACAGCCAGGUCAAGAAUAGCCACCUCAGGAGGCACAUGUUUUUUAAAUCAAAGUCAACCAGAUUCUAAUAUCAUGUAGGUUUAUUCGAGUUCAGCUCAUAUCGUUUGUAGUUAAGUUUUUAUUCACCAAAAAUAUAUUUCAAAUCAAAUUUGAA